GAGCCAUCUCUUCUAGGAGCCAGGCAAAUCCCUGUCCUCGUGUCCCCAGCGGCUACCCCUUCCCCCAACCUCUGUCGCCCUCACAUUCUCAGACACGGCCCCUUGCCACCCGCCAGACGCGAUCACCCGCGGGGCCCGGUCGGCGUGGGGCAAAGUUGGCCGCCGCCUUCGCGCGGGGCCAUUCCUUCCUCCUCCUCCUAGCUUCCAUCCUCCCCCAGAGCCGGUGGCCGCCGCCUCCAGCAAGCGCGUCGCCAGGCUCGGCAAGCCGAGAGGCGCUCCCGGGAGCCCCCUCGCCCGACCAGCCGGCUGGGAGCGCGCCGCGGGAGUCUUCUCGCACCCCUUCCUUUCCCGGGGGUCAGAGGGCCGGGCUCCGCCCCAUUCCCACAGCUCCCGAGCUCCCAGCCGCCGGGGCUGCCCCCGCUGCCCCACGCCAGGCUCUCCAGGACGCGCGGGGCAGCCGGGGGCGCGGGCGGCGAGCGCAGGGCGGCGAGCAGCGUGGGGAGAGGAGCAGCGCGGAGAGGAGCCGAGGGGAGGGGAGGAGAGGGCAGAGGAGGAGAGAGCCGGGGAGCUGAGGAGCAGAGGCGGGCGCUGCACGGCCCCGCGCCCGCACGCUUGCUCGCUCGGGAGACGCGCUGGUGGCCGCCUGGGCGCACUAGCCGGGUCACCUUGUCCCAGAGGAGAUAUGGGUCCCCUGAGGCAAGUGUGACCCUGGAGUCCAGCCCACCAGCCUGACGCCCAGUCGGGCAGGGAAAGCACUAUGGAUGGCUUGAUUGAACAGAAGAGCAUGCUGGUGCACAGUAAAAUCAGCGAUGCCAGCAAAAGGAAUGGCUUAAUUAACACCAGAAACUUCAUGGCCGAGAGCAGAGACGGCCUGGUGUCUGUUUACCCAGCACCCCAGUACCAGAGCUGCCGGGUGGGGGGCAGUGCAGCACCGGCCACCCUGGACGGCAGCAGGAAUGAGCCAGUCCAGCAGCUGCUGGACCCCAACACUCUGCAGCAGUCGGUAGAGUCCCGCUACCGGCCCAACAUCAUCCUCUACUCGGAGGGCGUGCUGCGCUCCUGGGGGGAUGGCGUGGCUGCCGACUGCUGUGAGACCACCUUCAUUGAGGACCGGUCACCUACCAAAGAGAGCCUGGAGUACCCCGAAGGGAAGUUCAUCGACCUCUCUGCCGAUGACAUCAAAAUCCACACCCUCUCCUAUGACGUGGAGGAAGAAGAGGAAUUCCAGGAGCUGGAGAGUGACUAUUCGAGUGACACGGAGAGUGAAGACAACUUCCUUAUGAUGCCCCCACGGGACCACCUGGGCCUCAGCGUCUUCUCCAUGCUCUGCUGCUUCUGGCCUCUGGGCAUCGCGGCCUUCUACUUGUCCCACGAGAUUGACACAGGAGGGCAACAUCCAAGAGGAAAGGAGCCUGGCGUACAAGAGCACUUCUCCCAAAACCUCCUGCUCUCACUGGUGGAAAAAGACAACCUGAGGGGAAUGAAGGUAAAUCCCUAAUUUAAGAUUCUGCAGUGAUCAGGGCAAUAUAUGCAAUUAGACCUUAGAGAUUAGGUCAAGGAAAAUGCGAUGAGAAAGAGCCACUUCUAUGUGGGAAAGAAGCUAGCCCUCUGCUCAGAGCCUUCUUGGAGGUUGUCAGGGUAUAAAUAAGACAUAAAUAGGAUUAAAGUACUAAUUGACAAAUUGUUGUCAAGGAGAAGUCCUGCUUCACCUAUUUAAAUGCUCAGAAUAUAUUUAGAAUGCUUAUUAUGCAUAAACUAAUAUAACCCAAAGGCCUGAGCCCUCCCUUUCAACACGGGCAUGUUGGAGAAAGAAAUGAACAAAACAUAACAAUACCUUAGAGUUUGGACCGUGUGUGGGGAAAAGUCUUGAAAAAUAUGAAUGGUCAAGUAUUUUUAAUGCAAUGUUAUUGCAUUCAAGGACUUCUGUGACCUAGUAGUUAACUACUUUAUAUUUCAAAGGAGUUCUUUCAGUGGCCUACUUUAAUAAAUGAAAGCUAAUAGUCAAAAUUAACAAUUUGUAGAUGUUUAUCAAAUUCUUAAAGACAUCAGUAUCUUAACUAGAUAAGGCAGCUUCCUUGCUAGUAUUUUAACAUCCAUUUAAUUGGUCCACACAGCUUUCUGUCCAUCCUAAUAGCCCGCUCCUCCUGUGUGAUGGUCCUUUAAAGCUCCUGAUACCCUAAAACCCAUCUGAAAUAAGCCUGAGGGGGCAUUACUCCCAGGUGGCAAGAUUUGGGUUCUGAGAGCCAAAGGCAACACACACCACCUGAAAUUCCCUAGUUGGCGAUUCACCCCAGGUUUUCUGAACCCAGGUUCCGCCUUCUCUAGGUUCCUCUCUGCAGCCAAUAUUUUCCUUCCCAAAUCAGGUUCCUACCCUGAUGUGUGAGGCCACUUCUGAAUUAUUUGACAUCUCUGUGGAGACAGUGGUGCUUGUGGGGGGUCUGGGAGCACCAGGAGCCCCUGCUGUGCCGGCUCCAUCCUCCUCAUGGACUGGGGGCUAAGCAGGCUUCACCUGUCCAGAACCACCCCCCCACUUCCUCUCCAGGCAGCGUCUCCUCACAGGCACCUUUGCAGAGAGGACACAGGUCCUCAGUUUGCCCCCACACUGCUGUCCUUGAAAUAGGCACCCAACAAAAGGUCAGUGGGGCCUUUCGUCUUUCACCUCUUCCACUCAACAUGCUGUUCCCCAGAGACCCCAAGGUCCUUCUUUCAGCUCAGAGCACAUGGGAUUGUCUCUUCCCUCCGGCUCUUCUCUUCGCUUCCUGUCUCUUCCCUCCGGCUCUUCUCUUCCCUUCCUCUCUCUUCCCUGGAGCCCUAAGAGGUCGAGGGAGGUCAUUUGGAACAUCCAUGAACUAGGAUGGGAAAUGAGUUGCAUCAUGAUUUUCACCAACCUCUAACCAAAAUUUGGCAUUUCCUCCAGUUAUGAAGGUAGGCAACAAACCACAUUGUUGUGACUUCAUCACCAGCAGAAACCACAGAUGUCUUCACUGCAGGUGACAGUUGUUGAAGAUAUUUCAGAAUAUUGCUUAUGUUCAUCACUACUUUGAAAACACAAACCCAAGUGCAGACAUACCUCAUUUUGUUGCACUUCGCCUUAUUGCUCUUUGCAGAUAUUUUGUGUUUUGUUUGUUUGUUCUUUUGCAGGGAAAGAUUCACCCUGAGCUAACAUCUGUUGCCAAUCUUCUUUUUUUU